AGUCGGGAAGAUUUAAAACCCAAAGCAAACGGGGCCAGGGUUUAUAUCCUUAGCGGCGCCCUGACACUCCUACCCUCGUGGGGCACCGCGUCGAGGGGCAGCCUCGUCGCUGCGCCUCUCCUAUUCUCGUCUCUCCUCUACCCAGUCCUUAAACUAGCUGGAACAGCCACCCACCUUAUUCCUAUUACAUCGCCAAGAGAAGCGGCGCCUUCUAUGACUAAUGAAAGCAUUCAAAACCAGGGGACUUCCCGCCAUCACCUCCCUCCCUUUUAAAGCCUUCGAAUACCACAUACGCCCACUGCAGAACCGUGUGGACGCCCAAAUGAUCAAAACUGGCUUCGAUCUCCAGAUUUACCACACAAACCACCUCCUACAGACUUUCCUUAGCAAUGGAGAACUAUCGAAGGCACGCCAACUUUUCGAUGAAAUGCCCAUUAGGAACAUCUUCACCUCCAACCGCAUGAUCUCUGGCUACGCCAAGUCUGGCGAACUAGACGAGGCCCGUCGCCUGUUUGACUGCACCGAAGACCGCAAUUGCGUCACAUGGACGAUCAUGGUCGAUGCCUAUGCCCAGUCUGGCCGCCCUCAGGAAGCCUUCUUCCUUUUCAGUGCGAUGUGCUGUUCAGGCAUCAAACCUGACCAUGUGACUAUAGCCACGCUUCUAAAUGCCUGCGAUUGCCCAGAGCUGUCUAGCUGGGUGGUACAAGCUCAUGCUUAUGCUAUCAAGUUGGGUUUGGGAGCCACUCUUAUGGUGUGCAACACCUUAGUGGACUCUUACUGCAAGUGUGGACUCCUUGAAAUGGGCCGAAGGCAUUUUGUUGAGAUGCCAGAGAGGGAUUUGGUCACUUAUAACGCAAUGGUAAUGGGAUACUCGAAGGAAGGGUUCUACUUUGAGGUGUUGGAGCUCUUGACUGAAAUGCGAGCCUUGGGAUUGAAGCCAUCACAGUUCACUUUCUCUGGUGUUCUAACUGCUGCGACAGGAUUAGGUGAUCUCGGUCUUGGCCAGCAAAUCCAUGGUCUGGUGAUCAGAACAAAUUUUGGCUGGAAUGUGUUUGUGAACAACUCACUGUUGGAUUUCUACUCGAAAUGUGAUUGCUUGGAAGAAGCAAGAGUACUUUUUGAUGAGAUGCUGGAGAGAGACAAUGUUUCUUAUAAUGUGAUGAUCUCAGCCUAUGCAUGGAAUGGGCAAACCAAAGAGCUUUUAAAUCUCUUUCGGGAGUUGCAGUUCAUAGGUUUUGAUCAGAGUCAGUUCCCUUUUGCUAGUCUACUUAGUGUUGCUGGAGCAGUCCCCAAUCUCAAAAUGGGGAGACAGAUCCAUGCUAAAGUAAUAGAAACAGAUGCAGCAUCCAAUGAUCUUGUAGGGAAUGCCCUCAUUGAUAUGUACUCAAAAUGUGGUCAUUUGGAGACGGCAGAGAUGAUUUUUAUGCAUAAAACUGAUAGGAACACCAUCUCAUGGACAGCAAUGAUCUCAGGCUACAUUCAGCAUGGACGCUAUGAAGAGGCUUUGGAGCUUUUCCAUGAGAUGAAAAGGGAUGGUUUGAGCCCAGACUGUGCAACACUUUCUAGUAUUCUGAGAGCUUCAGCAGGCCUUGCUUUGCUUGGGCUAGGAAAGCAGCUGCAUUCCUAUAUAAUUAGAUCAGGGUACAUGUCGAAUGUGUUCUCAGGGUGUGCCCUUCUUGACAUGUAUGCAAAGUGUGGGUGCUUGGAUGAAACUCUUUGCAUAUUUGAGGAAAUGCCCUACCAGAACAUAAUCUCAUGGAAUGCUAUGAUCUCGGCAUAUGCCCAAAAUGGGCAAGGGAUGAAGGCUGUCAAUCUAUUUCAAGGCAUGCUUCGCUGGGGUGUGGAACCAGAUUCAGUCACCUUCCUCAGUGUUCUCUCUGCUUGCAGUCACAGUGGCCUCAUAGAUGAGGGCCUGCGAUUCUUUAAUUCUAUGACAGAGUAUUACAAGCUAAAACCAAAGAAGGAACACUAUGCUUGUGUAAUAGAUUUGUUGGGUCGGGUCGGUUGUUUGGAUGAAGUUGAGAGGUUAGUGGAUCAGAUCCCCUUUGAAGCUGAUCAGAUUAUAUGGAAUUCGAUUCUGAGUUCAUGUAGGAUUCACAAGAAUCAAGAGUUAGCGAGACGAGCAGCUGAGAAGCUGUUUAGUAUGGAGCUCAGAGAUGCUGCUCCUUAUGUUAUAACAUCCAAUGUCUAUGCUAGGGCAGGCCAAUGGGAAGAUGCUGCAAAGGUGAAGAAGAUGAUGAGGGACCGAGGAGUGAGGAAGGAGCCUGCUUAUAGUUGGGUUGAAAUCAAGCAAAAAGUGUACACAUUUUCAGCCAAUGAUUCCACCAACCCACAGAUAAGUGAGAUAAGGGCAGUGUUGCAGAACUUGAGUGAGGAGAUGGAGAAGGAAGGCUACAAGCCUGACACUGGGUGUGCAUUUCAUUUGGUAGAUGAGGAACUGAAGUUAGAGUCAUUAAAAUAUCACAGUGAGGGACUGGCAAUUGCAUUUGCUUGAUGAAUAUGCCACCAAGGACACUGAUACAGGUGAUGCAAAACCUUCAAGCAUGCACAGACUGCGAUGCUGCAAUGAAAGUGAUAUCCAAGAUUGUAAGAAGGGUGUUUAUUGUGUGAGAUUCAAGCAGGUUCCUUCAUUUUAAGGAUGAGUUUUGUUCUUGUGGAGGUUAUUGGUGAGUUAAUCAAUCAUAAGUAAAUGUGGAGGAAAAAAACAAGGACGUGAUUCAAGUUUGAAUGAGAAAUAUGGAGAUGUAAAACUAACUAGAGAAAUCUGAAACUUGCUGAUUUUGGCCUUG